AUGCCGCAGUUUAGCAGCGAUAAUGUCUUGCUAAUCUCGCCGGGGUCGCAAGUCACCCUCGCGCAGCUUGGGCUGCCAGAAUCCUUCACUCCGGCUCGAUUUCGGUUUCCGACGCGCAUGUUUCCAGCUGCAAAGAAGGGAGAAUGGGAACCGCAUAAAAUACGCGAACGCGUUGUCACCGUUAAGAAAGUUGUAACGCCAAAGCCACCUGCUACGGAGACCGCCGUGCCAACAGGCGAUGGGGAGGCCGCAGCAAUAGACGUGGACAGCUCGAAGCAGGAUGUAGAAAUGAAAGACGCAUCCGAGGAUACGGCCAAAGAACCUGCUACCGAGAAGGAUGGCGAAACCCAGGCAGCCGUCGAAGAAAAGGAAGAAAUGACCGUGUACGAGGAGGAUACCACAUCAGACGAAGGCGCGGUGUACGCACUACACAACGGAGCUGUCGAGGACUGGUCAUGUUUCUUCGCGCUCCUGACACAUAUCUACAAUACCCUAAGCCCGCCGUUCCAUACGCCCAUGAUAAUUAUCGCACAGCCAGCUUGGACCGCCGGUGACCGGGAGAGGCUGACCCAGUUCGUGUUUGAGAAGUUCAAGACGCCAGCGUUUUGUUUGAUGGACUCUGCGUUGGCUGUUUGCUAUGCAUACAAUACUCCCAAUGCUACCGUUAUUGAUGUCGGACACGGUAAAGCGGACGUCACAGCGGUAACAGACUUUAUAGUCAACGAGCACGGACGAGGAAUAGCGCUAGAAGGAUGCGGCGGCAAAGCACUGACAGACAGACUACUGGAGCUGUUGGGUCCCAAGGGGUUCACGCGUGAUAUGUGCGAGGAAUUAAAAAAGAACCCCAUAUGCGAGAUACUACCGCCCGGGACUCCUUUACCCAAGGAUGAUGGUCCGGAAUCGGCCGGCCAUGAACCCACCAAACAGGCCCCCUCCGUAACCCCAGGCAUGGGCCCGGACAUGCCUCGCAACCUAGGGAAUGGUGACAAGGAAGACGACGAGGGCGUGCUGGACGUUGCUACCAUCGUCAGCAAGGGCAAUGCAAGUGAGUUCCUUGCAAAGCGAGAAAAGGAGAAGGCGGAGAAAGCAGCAUCCCGGAAGGCCCAGGCUGCUGAAUCUCUAGCUGCCAGACAUGCCCGUCUUCCAAAUUCAAAGAAGGCCAAAGCCAACUUCCACUACGAAGGGCCGUCUAACCCGGAGGCUGGGAGCUCAGGUGUAGCGCAAGGUGCUAAGCAAAAGAGGGAUAUAGAGGUCGGCGUGGAACGGCUCCUAGCCGCAUCACCACUCGAAUCAAGCGCCGACGACCGCUGUGGUUACGGAAUUUUGGAGACCCUUGCCGCUCAAAUCCAUCAUACUAUCCUCUCUGUUCCCGAGGCAUCAAGCCGCAGUGGUCUGUGGGAUUCCCUUAUCAUUCUCGGAAACGGCAGUAAAAUAAAAGGAUUCCCACAAGCACUGCUAUCUACCAUCACCCAAAGAUACGUGCUCUCCCCGUCAUCUGGGACUAUCUUCACGUCUGAGAUACCUUCGACCUUCUCCACCCCACUGGCUACAGGCGCAAACACACCGGCCCAAGCCCAAAACCCAGGUCCUUUCCUCCACCCCGCAGCUCACGGUGUGAACCCUCUACUUGUCGCCGCCACUCACUCAAACAACCCAGCAACGCCCAACCAUCUAAACCCCAACGCCGCACUAUCAGCCGACCCCAACAUGCUAGCCUAUCACAAAUCUACAGGCCAUUCGCAAACACCGACAGGUAUCAGACUCCUCAAGCCUCCAGAGUAUUUCCCUGAGUGGAAAGAACAAGGUGCAGGCAGCACAGGCGGCCAGCUGGCCGGUGCGAACCCUCCCGCAAACACGGAGACGAACGGUGGGAAUUCUGCGACAGGGGUAGCAUCCGGCUCCAACAACGUCGGCAUGGAAGAAGCAACAUUCCUGGGCGCACAGGUAGCUGCCAAGGUGGUGUUCAUCGUGGAUCAGGGAGCCAGCAAGGGGUAUCUCAGCCGGCUUGAGUAUAACGAAGUCGGUCCAACGGCGAUUCACAAUGUCGCCGGCGGCCACCCAGCUCGCGGGGUCGUGCUUCAAACUAUUGCUGCGCCUAUCUUAUCUUCACACAAUCUCUGGGCGCACACCAGAAGAACCAUGCCAAAGUCCACCACAUCGAGGGCGUCGGGCUCUGAACGGCGGCAUAUACCCCUAGCAGAUGAGAUAAUGUCUUCUGGCCAUCUCCGCACAAAGUCUGGCAAGCGGAAAUCUCGAUCCGAAGACGACACGCGGGAUGACCACUACAUCGACUCCAAGGCCUCGAAGAAGAUUCUACAGAUCGGAAGGGACCUGGCUGACGAGGAUGCUGCCGAGACUAGAGCUGCCGCAGAAGCUGCUGGCAUAGAUAUAAAGGCGAAGGCUGCGUUUGACUUUGAAUCCCGGUUAGCUGGUGAAGAUUUUACAUUCGAAGAUGAAGAGGAUGUGGCCCAGUAUGACGAUGCGCAGUGGGAGGAUGAAGGAGAGGUCGAAGAAGUGGAAGUUGACCCGAACGACCUAGAUAUGUUCCACAAAUUCUUACCACGGGGCGAGGAAGACCCUAUAUUCCACUCAGGGGAGGCAGAUGCGGAUAGAAAUGGAGAGAGCACCAAUUUGGCCGACCUGAUACUUGAAAAAAUUGCGGCACAUGAAGCAGGCCAGUCAACAGAACCUCUGGUCCUCGGCGGUGGUGCCCCAGAAGACGCCAUAGAAAUUCCGGCUAAAGCAUUAGAAGUCUAUGAUAAAGUCGGCUACCUCCUUUCCCGGUACAAGUCCGGCCCCCUGCCCAAACCAUUUAAAAUCCUACCUACCCUACCAUACUGGGACGCCUUGCUCUCGGUCACGAAACCCGAAGCGUGGACUGCCAAUGCAAUCUACGCCGGCACCCGAAUAUUUAUAUCCGCGAAGCCACACAUCGCCCAGCAGUACAUAUCCAUGGUUCUCUUGGAGCGAGUCCGUGACGAUAUCAGAGAAACUAAGAAAUUACACGUACACAUAUACAAUGCGCUAAAGAAGGCAUUGUACAAACCCGCCUGUUUCUUCAAGGGUUUCCUAUUCCCGCUCAUCGCUAGCGGAACCUGCACAUUGCGAGAAGCACAGAUAAUCUCCAGUGUGAUAACGCGCGUGUCGAUACCCGUGCUUCACUCCGCUGCCGCACUUCUUCGAUUAUGUGAAAUUUCAGCAGAACAAACUACUUCUUCUUUCAAUGCAGAGGGUACAGGCGCCACAAAUAUGUUCAUUCGUGUAUUCUUGGACAAGAAAUAUGCCCUUCCAUACAAGGUCAUUGACGCUCUUGUGUUCCACUUCCUCCGGUUCCGCGCUACAAAGCCUACUGACGACAGCGGUGAUGCAAACAUGGACGGCUCAGGGACCUACUCUGCCGCUGCUGCAAGGGACUAUAAGCUCCCAGUCCUGUGGCAUCAAUCUCUCCUUGCCUUUGCCCAGCGUUAUCGAAAUGAUAUCACGGAAGACCAGCGUGAAGCAUUGCUUGACCUCCUUCUCUCCAACGGACAUAAAGAUAUUGGACCGGAGGUCCGAAGGGAGCUGUUGGCGGGCAGAGGGAGAGGUAUAGUCGUACCCGAGGCCGUCGAAAACAACGGGGGCGAUGAUACCAUGGAUAUGGCCAUUUGA